CUUUUUUCCCCUCACUGUAUGUGUUUUGGUUUUUCCUCUGCUCUUAUCCUUUUUCCAUUGUCAUUCCCACAUAGAUGUGGUGGUUACAGAUUGUGAUGUAUUUCAUUCUCUGCUUAACAUUCAUUUAAUCAAAAACUCAUCCAUCAUGCUUCUUCUGAACUGUAAAGUUGCCUGUUUUAUACAGUAUAGCCCAGCCCUAUCUAGCUGCAGCAGUCAUGCUCACGUCUAUACACUAAAUCUAAAUAUCUUUAGUGACCUUACAUUUCUCAUUACAUAGGCUACACAGAUUACCCAUGCCAUAAUGUCAUGUUAGUCGGGUUGGGGUUUAUGACUGUGGAACAUCACUGUGCCUGUUUGCAUUGUCACUGGGAAAUGAAGAUUAUUAUUACUCACAACCUAGAAUAUGGAGAAUGGUAGAAGCCCAUGCAACUCCAUACCAGUAUGGGCGGAAAGUAGCCUAGCGGUUAGAGCAUUGGGCCAGUAACCGAAAGGAUGCUAUAAUAAUAUAUUUUUAUUUUACUACACAUUUUAAAUUAGUUGAUUCAGAACCAAUUUUACACUGACUGCCCUCUUCAUAACCCAUUUUAAACUGCAUUUACACUUCUGCAUGGCUCAUAAUAAAUCAUUUCAACAGGUCAGAUAUGAUCAUACCAUCAUGUGUGGACAUAUUGUACACUAUGUUUGAAAAUUUAUUUAAAUGGGUGAUGAUGAGGGUGAAGAUGAGCAUAUGCUACUUUGUCAAUUCAAGGUUAUUCAUGACAUGCAACUACACGUAUUCAUCAGACAGAUGGCGUGGUGGACUAUCGAAAAUACGCCUAUAAUUGUCUGCCCUAUACUGAAGCUACUAAAAUCUAAUACUUUAUAUAACACAUACAUUUGACUUUUGCAUGAACUCACAAGCUAUUACACAAUUUGAGGUUAAUUUGAAUGUCAACGUUUCAAAAACAAUUUGAAAUGCCUAUAUUGUUGCCUGCCUAGACCUGUUGUCCAUGUUAUUAAUGUGGUAUAUCUUGUUUUAGAGGUCUACAGUUGAUAGGUUUAACGUAAUCCUGAUGGGACAACACGACCUAAACGAUAAGUAAAUUCCUUGAAAUUAUUAAACAGAGGCGGCGCGUUGCACCAGACGCGAAAUUACAUAACGCACUGGCGACCCACAACCCAACGUGCGUUUCCGGACGGUUCUGUAUGUAGUGUAUGCAGUGGGGACACUAUAUGGGGGCGAUAACGCGUUGCCCAAACAAAUCGUUCACAUGGCGCACUAAACAAAUACGUUAAGGUUAAGGGCACUUGGAACUGAGGACGUCACAUUUCAUCUCACCUUGGAGUCGUCAUCAGACAACCAAUGGGGAUAUUUGUUGACGCAGUGAGUGACCAACGAGGGCAGUCGUUUAGGGAGAUCCACUAUUGUUCACCACCAGCAAAGGUAUAUAAACUGCCGAUGGAGUCAGAAGAGGGUUUGAAGUAAGUCAAUAACAGAGGAAGGCAACACCCGAAACACACUGAACAGACUCCAAGAGCAGCGACACAGAAGAGCCUUAACGUUUUCGUUUGCUAUGGGCUUUUAUUUUUAUUUCGAAAAACUUUUUGCAGUGUGUUAUGCAAGUUCCCUAAAUUCAGCUAUUGAUUAUUUUAUCUAUUUAUAAUUGUUAUCUUCUAAAAUCAUCUCUGUUGACACCCUGUGUUAACAUACCUGGCACAGAGGUGCUAGGCUAUACCUUGCAAAAAAAAAAAGUAUAUUCAGAAAUUAAACGAAUUUGCAGAACACAGUGACAAUGCUUUACGAUCUAGGUGUGUUUGACAGCCGGGCCGAUUAUAAAUCCGAGAAACAGUGCCAAAGAACCUCCUUUGCCUUCUACCAAGCAGUGCGGGACCUGUUACCAGUAUGGGUGCUCGAGGACAUGCGGACAAUGGAAGUGUUUCAUUGGGAAGAAGACGGGCGGGCGUGCACUUUUACUUCAUCCGAGGCUUUUCUGUAUGCACUUGUCCACAACCAUCAACAAUACGCCAAAUACAUCCUCAACAGAUACUCUGUCAGCGCACUGGAGAUGCCCAGUCGAAGCUUCUGCUGCUGCCAAGCAUCUGCAACACCGCAUCUCACAGUAGCUGUCCGCUAUAAUCGUAUUACUAUCCUUAAAAUGAUAAUGGACUCCCUAAAAUACUUCUCUGAUAGCGAGCGCCAGAGCUACUUCAACAGUCGUGGAUGUUUUCACAUGGAAGGCGGCAAAGGCGCAUUGCAUCUGGCGUGCGAACUGGUGCGCCCUGAGUGUUUGAUUAUGUUACUAGGACACGGUGCAAGUCCUUAUGUCACAGACAGAGAUGGGAACACCCCCUUGGACUGCCUCCUAAAUCAGAUAAGCCAGGGCAAGCCUGACAUGCGCAUCAAGCACGUCUGCCUUGGUUAUCUCAUUCUCUUCAUGCCAAAAUUCAAUUUUCAAAUGAAGGGACAGCUGCAGAAGAAUCCAGGGCUGUGGCAGAGUCUUAUUGGAGAGCAGGCGUUCCAGUGGCUCUUAGAAAUAUCGCCUCCCUCUCUCUUUGUUCAGGCUAUGCAUAAGAUGACCCAGUCUAUACCUGUUAAACAGCUGGACUCUCUACCAGACUUUCUGAAACCACUGGACUUCAGGCUACCAGAUAAAGAUGAUCUCAGACCUCUCUGAUUAAACUACUGUACUGACUACUGGACUCAAAGGUUUAGUUCUGGCUAUGGUGUGAACGAUUUAACAACAGUGUGAACAAAAUGCAGUAUGCGGCUUUGUAAAUAGCAAUAACAUCUCAAAAGGUUAUUUAAUUGUGAUGUUUAAAAACAAUGCACUAUAGAAUACACAUCUUGACUUGUCAUACUUUACAGUAAAGUGAAUUGAAUAAAUGUUGCAAUGUAAAUAAUAGUAUUAUUGUGUACAAAAGAGAA